CGGGAGAGUGGGGCAAGCUGACCAGCGAGCUAUGUAAGGCCUAUCUGCGGUAUUACGGUUUAAGGCUGAGCGACUCGAAGGCGGACCUGAUCAGUCGCAUUCAGAGACAUUACGAGCUCAAGGACUUCCAAUCAGCCAAGCGCCAGUACCCUCGUGCAUCCUUCUUCAUCAAUUGCACAGGUGACGUCUGCAGAAACGACGUUGUUCUAUUUAACCAACGAAUAUCCACAAGAUCAGUCUCAACGCAUGAGAGGAAGGCAACGCAUGGAGGGUAUCGGUUGGUGGCAGGGAGAGUGGUCAGUGAAAGCUACGGUGUCAAGAAGCAGCAGCACACGUUCACUGUGGAGGUUAUUUGGACCUCCGGUGCACAUGCACUGGCUCCAAUGACGCAGCUACUUGUAAAGGGGAGAGUACUGUACAGACAUAAAACAUUUCGACAGAAAUGGCCCAAUGAGGCGGAGCGUGUGGCUGCCAUUGCAGAGAAGCAUGCGAGGGGAGACGAGGCCCGCAGCAUGCGGGAGAAGCGGCUCGCAAGCAAAUCCUGUAGAAACGGGAGACGGCUGGAGAAGGCAUUAACUGGGAAGCGCCGGGAGAGACCAUCAAUUCGAGAGAAGUUAGCGAAGACGACUAGUACAAGACGGGGAUCCCAUGGCCGGUCAACUCAUCCCAGCAGGGGUAGAAAACGCCCUCGGUGUGAAAACAG